UGCUUUUAUCAGAUCCAAACAACUUCACUACUUCUCUCCCUCUUUUCUGCUCAGAGGUCUUGGAUUCAUGAAUUUCCUUUCCUAAAUCUCAAUUAAUUCAUGUCUUUUCUUGUCUUGUCUUGAGGCUCGUGUUAUUCCUCCUUUUUUAGUUGAUUUCCGCAUCUUCCUCAAGCGAUUAGGGGUCUGGUUUUCUUAUUUCGUUUCCUUCCUGCUAAGAUGGAGCCAAGAAGACUUAUGAAUUACCCGAAAUGAUAUUGUUGGCGGAGGGCGUUUUCUUCGUGAUUUACUGACUCUCUUAUUUGUUUUUUUUUUUAAUUUCUUUUACUGUUUAACUUGUCUCCCGGUGUCUGACUGCAUAAAACUUUCCCUUAACAUUGUUACGGCCUCCAAUGCGCUUUCCCCAUACAAGGCUCCUUUUUGCAGCAAAAAGGACACUCUUUAAUUUUUUUUAUUAUAUAUAUACAUAUAUAUAUUUUUCGCCCCCUUUUUCGUUUUUGGCUGAACUGAGCUGUUUAAACUAAUUAGGGUUUCAGAUGCCUGUUGGAAAACCCAGAAAAUAAGCCUCAUCAGUGUACCUCUUGUUUGCCUCUCCUACCCUAUAUGCUCAGUUUCUGCAGUUUCUCGAUCCCUCCAUCCGAGGAACAUCGAAUCUAUCAUAUUCAUUCAUGGAUCUGCAGUCAUGGUUUGCAGAUGCAGCAUCCUCAAGAUUCACAUAUGCGCAGCAUGAUGAGGUUUUAAAUAUAUGAGAAUCUUGAUGAUGCUGCAUCGGCCAAUAUAUGACUUUAUAAAUUAAUACAAUUGAAGAUGAUCGGCCAAUAUAUUUACACUUUUCACUCAGAUUUUUCUUUGUUUGAUAUUCAAUUGAAAGGGGGAGAUCCUUUUUUUUAUUUUUUUUCUUCUUAUGCAGACAACUGGGGAAGCAGAAUCAUAAGAUUUCGGAGAAAUUAAGGUGAGUGAAUACAACUCAUCAUCUGCCCUCUAUUUUAUGUUGCAUCAUCUUUGUUUUUAGGGUUUAGAUUCCGACACAGAUCCCACAAUUAAGGGUUGCUAAUAAAACAUUAGGGUUGUUUGCUAAUUAGGAUAUGAAAAAUCAUAUGAUUAAUCUCUUAAUUUUUUUAUUUAGUACUCUCCAUACAUACAUACAUACAUACAUACAUAAAUGCAUUUACAUUUUGUCUUGAGUUUAUAUUCUUGUAUAUUAUCUAACAGGCCUAAAGAAACCUUGCAGAUGUACAGUGUAUAUAUAUACAUGGGAUCAUCUAUUCAUCUUUAAUCUAUAGAAUUUCCGUGGAGGAACCUUUUUAGAACCUUUUUUUUUUUUUUUGAAAGGCAUUUUAGAACCAAUUUUAAUUAAUGUGAGAUUGAUUCCUUUUGUCUUCUAAUACUAUUUCAUUCACAAUACAUUAUACAUAGAUGUAUAUUAUAUCCCCUAUUUUAAGGCAAUUAGUUUUCUAAGUCAUGCAGCUGGUGAUUCAUUUCUUCUUUUCCACAAUUGUUAAUUAUUUUUCCACUUAAUUACUAUCAUCAGUUCAUCACAAUGUUUUGAAAUAUUUCAUCUUCAAACUCUAUGAUUGUAACUGUUGCGAAAUUGUUUUCUAAGUCAAUUUCUUUGAAUGCAGCAGUUGGGACUUGGAAAGUUUUCUUAUUUUGAUGUCUUAUUCUGAAUUUCUGACCAAUGAUACAUGCAUAUAUGAAAAUGUGGAGU